CCAUUCGAAAAACCAACAAAAACAACGCAAGCUCGCCACGUCAGUGGGAGUGAGCGAGAACGCAACUGAAACACCACCACCCGCCCCCCUUCCCCACUCUACAGGGGCAGUAGGACACGGAGAGGUUCGAGCAGAACACAACAAAGGGAAGCAGCAACCAGCCACCAGCCAGCAUGUUCAGCAACUUCAAGGAACGCUUCAUGACGGCACUGGCGCCCGAUCUGCCACCGCUGCCGAGCAGCGACCGCAGCGACCAUCAUCAUCGUCGGUUCGGUAACCAGCAGAUGCCGGACAAGUUCCCAUAUGCCCGACCCCCGUUCCUGCAGCUGCUCACCGUCGACGAGCUGCGCGCCUCCGCGGACCACAAUGUGCGGCCGAUUAUCGUGCCGCGGGACAUCAAUCUGCUGCCAUGGGGCACUGGCUAUGCCGAGUGUGUCAAUUCGGGCAAGUCCGAGUGGAACGAGGACCAGGGCGCCUUCUGCCGGCGCGUUCUGUCCGAUCCGGAGCACAAGCAUCCCGAUCUGCCGUACACGUACUUUGGCAUCUUCGAUGGCCAUGCCGGGUAUGGGGCCGCACUGGCCGCCUCCCAUCAGUUCCAUCACAUACUGCACGAGACGCUGGUGGACUGCAUUGAGCUGCUGCUGCCGCGCGACACGGAGGGCGGCGAGAAUGGGCGCUUGAAUCCGACAUUCCCGCAUCCCAUUUACUUUCAGCGGCGCGUGAGCAAGGACGAGCUGAUCAUUGGCGCCCUGGAGAGCGCCUUCUUCAGCAUGGACUCGCUGAUAGCGCAGGACAGCAAUCGGUAUCGCGACGCGGGCGGCUGCACCGCCUGCGUCUCGCUCUUCAUCGAUGGCAAAAUGUACGUGGCGAAUGCGGGCGACAGCCGGGCCGUGCUGUGCCAGCGACGGGCCAAUGCGCCGGCUGAGCCGAAGAGCGAUUCUGUGAUCGAGCCGGAUCCGCUGGAGGCGACCUGCUAUCCAGUGCCCUUCUCGGCGGACCACACGCCGGAGACGGAGCGCGAGCGGCUGCUGAAUGUGGCCAGGCUGAAGCCGCAUCUGAUGGCCAAUCAGUAUGUGGCCAUGGAGUAUGCCAAGCGGCCGCAUAUCAAGGACAUGGGCCAGCGCAUCCUGUGUCGCCAGGGCACCAUGAAAGGCUGGACCUACAAGACGCUCACGCGCGACGAUCUCCGCAUGCCCGUGGUCAACGGGGAGGGCAAGAGGAGCCGUCUCCUGGGCACCCUGGGCGUCUCCCGGGGCUUUGGCGACCACGAGCUGCUGGCCAUCAACACGGGCAUCCAGAUCAAGCCAUUCCUCACACCCCACCCCGAUGUGCGGCAGCGGGAUCUCACCCAGGUGGUGAGCAUCCCCGAUGAGCACAAUCAGGACGGGGACUACGGGGUGCUCGUGAUGGCCACCGAUGGCCUCUGGGAUGUGUCCGAGAACGAGGCCGUCUCCCGCACCGUCUUCCAAACGCUCUCCAAGUACCCAACCGAAAAGCAUCGCUACACCAUGGUCGCCCAGGAGCUGGUGGCCCGUGCCCGUGGCAAGAUCAACGACUCGGGCCACUGGCGCCUGGCGGACAGCAAGGCGGCGGCCACCGUCGAUGACAUCUCGGUGAUUGUCAUACCCGUCUAUCAGUAUUACCAGGAGCACAUCGAAUGGACGCAGAACUACACGCGCGAUCUCGAGAGGCGACGCCGCCAGGCGCAGGCCAACAUGGCCCAAGAGGCGCAGGAGGUGAGCGUGCUCAAUGGCGGGGUCAUGGCCGAGGAAGCGCACGUCGAGGAGGAGGAGGAGGAUGGCGAAGUGGUGGUGCUCGAGGCCAAGGCACAGAUACAAACAGAGCCACAGGCGCAGCCACAUGCCCAGGCAGAGGAAGUUUUGGUCGUAGAGAUUAGUGCGCCCGUGGAACAGGCUCCACAGCAGCCAGCCACGAGCACUGCGGCUGCAGCUGAGUCGCAGAAGGACAGCGCCGCAGUCACACAGCAGCAGCAGGCACAGCAGCAGCCACAGCAGCAGCCACAGUCUUCGCAGCAACGCAGUCGUGGCAAGGGCAACAAGGGCAAGCACUAGGGAGCAGCAAUAUUCAAAUGUUAACUGAAACAGCGACACAGUGAUGCAGUGCGGCAGUUCGUCGGCAGUCGGCAGUUGGCAGAUAUAUUUUUUUACACUCCAUUCGAGAACAUUCAAAUUUAAUACAUAAUUUUGCAUAUGUAGCAGCAGAGACAGCGGAGAGCGGAGAGCAGAGAGAGCGUGGAUGGGCAUGGCUAACUUUGCUAAAUGUAUUUAUUUUCGUUCCCCC